AUGCCGCCGACCGAAGAGUCCAAGCCUGUUGAUCAGGCCCAGGAGAAGCAGGCCGCCGCCGAGGCUCUUGCGUCCCUUAAGGAAGGCCAGCAGGCCGCCGCCGAAGAGUCCGGUUCCGAAGAUGAGGGCGCCGAAGGCACCCCCCAGGCUGGAUCCAGCUCCACAAAGAAGAAGAACAAAAAGAAGAAGAGCAAGAAGAACAAGGACAAGGCCGCUGCUACCGAGUCAUCUGCUGAGAUGGGGUUGACCGAGGCGCUGGCACAGGCAGACCCCAAGUCGGCCCUCAGCGGCUUGACCGAGAAGCAGAUCCAAGAGUUCAUCGCCCUAAACCCCGCCCUUGCCAACGAGCUGUUGGCGGCGUCCGGUAGCUCGGGGACGGCUCCCGACGUGGUGGAGGCUUUCAAGAAGCUCAAGAUUCAGGACAUCAUCACCGGCCUCGCUAGCAGCGGAAAGAACCGCAAGGAUAUGGCGUCAUACAAGUUCUGGGCCACCCAGCCCGUGCCCCAGUUCGGCGAGGAGAAGCCCGUCAUCUUUGAGGAGGGACCGCUCAAGAUCCAGAAAAUCGAAGACAUCCCCGAUGAGCCAAUCCCACUCAACCUGGCGCCUUUCCGAUGGGUCACCAUGGAUCUCACAGACGAGAAGCAGAUGCAGGAGGUUGAGAAGCUCUUGUACGGUCACUUUGUGGAGGACGACGAGGCCAUGUUCCGUUUCAAGUACUCGACCUCCAUUCUGAAGUGGUCCCUCAUGUCUCCUGGUUGGAGAAAGGAAUGGCACGUCGGUAUCCGUAGCGGUGAUACUCUGUGCGCUUUCAUCGCUGCCGUUCCUACCGAAAUCCGCGUUCGCGACAAGGUUAUUCAGGGUUCCGAGGUCAACUUCCUCUGCAUCCACAAGAAGCUCAGAGGCAAGCGCUUGGCUCCCGUCCUCAUCAAGGAAAUCACUCGCCGCAUCAACCGCGAGGGUAUCUGGCAAGCCAUCUACACCGGCGGUAUCGUCCUUCCCAGGCCCGUCAGCACUUGCCGCUACUACCACCGUGCGCUCAACUGGCAGAAGCUGUACGAGGUUGGUUUCAGUCCGUGCCCUUCCAACAGCAAGCCGGCCUUCCAAGUUCGCAAGUACGCCCUUCCCGAACAGACCUCGACCAAGGGACUUCGCGAACUUCAGGUCAAGGAUCUCGAUGCGGUACACAGCUUGCUCGAGCGUUACCUAAAGCGCUUUGAGCUUACCCCAGUAUUCAACCGCGAGGAGACGGAGCACUGGCUCCUUCACAAGAAGGAGUCUUAUGCUGAGCAGGUUGUGUACUCCUAUGUUGUUGAGGAUGCCUCGGGCAAAAUCACCGACUUCUUCUCCUUCUACCUUCUCGAGUCAACCGUUAUCAAGCACCCGAAGCACAAUUCCAUCCGCGCCGCUUACAUGUUCUACUAUGCCACCGAGACCGCUUUCACCGAGCCCGUCAACAAGAGUGCCCUUCAGAAGCGCCUGAACGAUCUGAUGGCCGAUGCUCUAAUCCUCGCCAAGCGCCACAACUUUGAUGUGUUCAACGCGCUUUCUCUCAUGGAUAACGCUCUCUUUUUGGAGAAGCAGAAGUUCGGACCCGGUGAUGGCCAGCUUCACUACUACCUGUUCAACUACAAGGCCAACCCUAUCCACGGUGGUGUUGACAAGAAGAACAAGUUGGAUGAGGAUAACUUGAGCGGUAUUGGCUUUGUCAUGGUUUAA